CCCUGACUGCUGCCGCUGCUGUUGCACUGCAUCAAAGACUGACCACGGAAAAAUCCCCGCAGUAUUAUAAUGACUGGCACCUCACCAUUUACCUUCCAGUCGCCGUCUUUCCACUCCUCAUCGUAUCUCCCGAAGUUAGAGGCAAACUUUAUGCGUGACUUUUCGUGCUGCGGUGUGACGUUACCAACACUCCACGACCUAUUACAACACUACGAAGAAGCCCAUGCGACCAAAUCGCCCAACCAAGGACAUCGGCCGAGUCAGGGUGAGAACCGAGCUGCCUUGGCUGCUGCGGCAAUCGCACAGCAACAGAGCCAACAGCAUGGCAAUCAAGGACGUGGCCUGCAGCCCGACCGGACCCUGGACAUGCAGCGUAAACUCGGACAGAACCCAUCCCCGUUACAGCAUGCAGAUCUGGACACAAUUGACGACAUGGAGUUGGACGACGCGCUUGGCGACGGCGACGGCUCAACCUCGCAGCUGUUCGCCCCCCAGAUGCAUGAUGGACAAGGCGGAUUUGGAAGCUCCAACCAAGUCUCGCAAUUAAAUCUGGGCAUGUUGCCAAGCCACCAAGGAUUCAGCACUCCCUCGCAACCCGGCACACCGAUCGGAUCUGGGCGGCCUCUUUCUCUGCAGAACAAUCCGACUGUUUCGUCCGUCAACACCCCAACUUUGAUGGCCAACCCUCUUCAAAACUCACAGUUCCGAAACACACCCGAUUCGUCCGGACCAGGGACCCCUGCAGAAAUAGAUGAAAGCAUGAUGGGUGGCUUUGGUGACCUCAGCAUGCAAAAUAACACCAUGGGCCAAAACCAAAACCAGUUUGGCCGCUUCAACGGUAACAAUAAUGACAUGGUCGACCUCUGUAUCGACGAACCCGCCAAGCGCCUCUUCAGCCCCAGCGGUGGCAUGGGCUCCCCCAAUGCCCACUUCAAGCUCAGUGGAGCUCAAUACGGUCCAAAUAGCGAUAUUGCACGACGCAUCCGCGAACAGCAGCUUCUGGCUGGUGUCCCUGAUACGACCGUUAUCCUCCCCAAUGAGGAACCCAAGCCAUUCCGGUGUCCCGUUAUCGGUUGUGAAAAGGCAUACAAGAAUCAAAAUGGACUCAAAUACCACAAAGCUCAUGGCCAUAACAACCAACAACUUCACGACAAUGCCGAUGGCACUUUCUCAAUUGUCAACCCGGAAACAUCAGCGCCUUACCCCGGCACUCUUGGCAUGGAGAAAGAGAAGCCCUACCGCUGCGAAGUAUGCGGCAAGCGCUAUAAGAACUUGAACGGACUGAAAUACCACAAGUCCCAUUCCCCGCCCUGCAACCCCGACUUCCAACUUGGUGGUCGCAAUCUCGCCAUGGGCGGUGGAGUCAUGCAAGGGCAGAACAUCAACGUUGCUGGAGCUGGUCUCCCCGGAAUUGGCGAAGAGGGUCUCAUGUGA